AUGCCAGGUACUUCGAAGCAGACCACAGGCCGAAAAUAUGAUAAGGAUUACAUCAGUCUGUUGCCCGAUUGCCUAAUCACCCACAUCUUCUCCUUUUUGCCCACGAGGGACGUCGUCAAAGCUUGUGUUUUGUCGAAAAGUUGGCGGUCUGUUUGGACCACUAUCUCGGAUCUCAGGUUCUCCGUCUCUUCUUAUGAUGAUGAUUCGUUUGUGGAUAGGGUUUUGACGUUGUAUGAGUGGGCUAAGGUGAAAAAGUUCCACCUUGACAUCAGAGCAGAGCUCAUCUACCCCUUUCAGAUCGAUUCAUGGGUUCGCUUUGCGAAUGAUCAUCAAGUGGAAGAACUUCAUCUCAACCAUUAUAUCGGCCAUUUCUCAUCUAGCGAAAGGAUCAGUUGGAGUUCGCUUAAGUCCUUGUCCCUUCAAGACGUGAGCUUGAGUGAUGACGUGCUUCAGAAGAUUUUGCUGGGCAGCCCUGUUCUGGAAUACUUGAAUUUGAAACGAUGUUAUGGUGUAAAAGGAAUUCAUUCAACGAGUUUGAAAGAGUUGGUGAUUGUAGAUAACAACGGAUUGCGCAUUUUGACUCCUCAAUUACUGUUAUUGCGUGUGACAGGUCAUUCUCAUUAUGAGGCAAUAAGACUUGUUGAAGCACCACCCUUGCUUGAAGCCGAAUUAGAUUUCUACGGUCCCCACGAAUCAGAUUUCUGCCUGCUGAAGGAAAUGCUUUGCAAGCUGCAGAAUGCUACUUGA